UAAAGUGCUAAAAAUCAACUUAAUUGCGAAAAAGCACUCUUUCGAGUACCUUUCAUCUUUUGUCUUUCUCACUCUCUCGAUUGCUCGAUCCUCGUCGAGCUUCCAUUGAGCUAGCGGAUUUCACUCAGCAUCCGUUCCGCGGCCGAUCUCGGGUUCCCUGUGCAUCAGGAACUAACAGGUCAUUACUUCCUGCUAUGGCCUUUAGCAACCUGGAAGGUUCUGGCACGGGAAGAUUUUGUUGAUUUGUUUCAUGGUCCAAUGGGGUUGAGCAAAUGCUGAUUGCAGAGGCAUGGUUACCAGACAGCAGUGACCGAAAUAUCAUGCCUACUCCACGCCAUAGAGCCCCAUCAAGAAGGCCACAUUGGAUCAUCAGCUUAUUGCUGUUUGUAUGCAUUGCUGUAAUUGCUCUAUAUGUUUAUCCUCCCCAACGAUAUUCAGCAUGCUACUUCUUGUCUUCCAAAGUCUGUGGUCCAUUUACAGAGUGGCUUCCACCUGUGAGACGUGCUAGGUUUUAUACAGAUGAUGAGCUCUUUGCACGUGUUGUUAUCAGUGACAUUUUGUCGGUGCACGUUGAGUCAAAGAAUCCUAAAAUUGCUUUCAUGUUCCUAACCCCAGGUUCACUGCCCUUUGAGAAGCUUUGGGAGAGAUUUUUCCUGGGCCAUGAAGAUAGAUUUUCUAUUUAUGUGCAUGCAUCAAGGGAACAACCAGCACAUGUGAGUCCUUUAUUCAUUGACAAGGAAAUUCAUAGCGAAAAGGUGGCGUGGGGAAAAAUUUCCAUGGUUGAUGCAGAGAAGAGAUUAUUGGCAAAUGCACUCCAAGAUAAAGAUAAUCAACAUUUCGUGUUGCUCUCAGAGAGUUGUGUACCACUACACAAUUUUGACUAUGUGUACAAUUAUCUGUUGGGAACAAAUGUCAGCUUUGUUGACUGUUUUGAGGAUCCUGGUCCUCAUGGAACAGGCCGAUAUUCUGAACAUAUGUUGCCUGUGAUUGAAAAGGAAGAUUUUAGGAAAGGUGCACAGUGGUUCUCAGUCAAGCGGCAGCAUGCGGUGCUAAUUCUGGCUGACAAUGUCUACUAUACCAAAUUCAAGCUUUACUGCAGGCCUGGGAUGGAAGGACGCAAUUGCUAUUCUGAUGAACAUUAUCUACCAACUUUUUUCAGUAUGGUCGAUCCUACUGGAAUAGCCAAUUGGUCUGUCACCCAUGUCGAUUGGUCUGAAGGAAAAUGGCAUCCAAAAGCUUAUAGGGCUCGAGAUGUAACUUUUGAAAUCUUCAAGAGCAUUUCAUCGAUCGAUGAGAGCAUUCAUGUUACAAGUGAUUCAAAGAAACUGAUACAGCGCAGACCUUGUCUAUGGAAUGGAAUGAAGAGACCAUGCUACUUAUUUGCUAGAAAAUUUUAUCCAGAAUCUCUUGAUAAUUUGUUGCAUUUAUUCUCCAACUACACCAUCGUAUAAGCUGGCACUCCAAUCGCUAUUCAUUGACAAUCAGGGAUCAAGGAGACUGCAAGGAGAUCAGAGUUGAAGACCCUUUUAAGGUAGAGGCCAUUGACACCCUUGUCAAGUGAUCAAGGAUUUUAUUUUUAUCAUGUUCAUUUCUUGGUUUCUCUGCCAUUUGAAGAGUCUCUUGUGUCUUCAUUGAAGUUCUUUAGAGGUCAGAAUAAUAUUCAGUUGAGAGACAACUCGAUAUUGUGUUGUAUUCUACACUUCACAAUUUUAUUGUCUUAGUUUGACCUCUAAACUUUGUAAUGCCUGGAAUGUUUUCUUAAGAUCUGUUUCAGAUUUAUUCAGUGAAAAA